UGGCCCGUUGGCCGCCUUCAGGCUUCUUUCUGAUAUAUCAGCAUUCAGCAAUUAAUUUCAAAACAUUCCAAAACAAAGUCAUUACAAACAAUAGUGUGUAGUGUGUACUUUGAUACUUAAGUAGCGUAACAAGACGACUCAAUCAUAUUACAUAAAAUUGGUCGAAUUGACCAAUUCGAAAGAAGGCAAGAACCAGAAAAGAAGAUAGUUGUGCAGGAAGAGAGAAAUUGGAGGUAGAGAAAGUGUAUUUGAGUUAAUUAAGAAGAAAAAUUGGUUUUAAUUGAGCAUAAAAUACAAUUUUAUUAAGAAAAUACGAAGGAUAAUCUAGAAGACUAAAGUUACUUACAGUAGAUUGGAUACAAUAAGAUGAGCGCUAUAUAACCUAACUUAACCUAACAGAAGGUUGAAGAUGCACUUGAAAAAACAAAUAACAGAAGAUGGAACAAAGAAUCAAGUAACAGGAUGCGAAGGAUGAGAAUGUAAAGAUAGCCUGGAAUAUAAUAUUCGUGUGUUUGUUGUUUAUCGUAUUAAAAAGCUAAACAUUUUUCUUAAUAAUUACAACUAUAUAUAUUAAUAACAGUUUUCCUGUGAAAAUUUUUAUCAAGUAUUUGCUUAUUACUAUAAACACGACAAAAUGGGAGGUGGAGAUUUGAAUUUGAAGAAGUCGUGGCAUCCAUCUACUAUGAAGAAUAAGGAGAAAGUAAAGAAGGCGGAGCAGCAAAACUAUCAAGAGAAUAAAAGGAUAGCCGAGUUGCAGAAGGAGAUUGAAAUGGAGAAAGACCUGGAGGACAUAAAAAAGUAUGCUAUUGAACAAGGAGUGAUAGAGAAAAAGGAUGAUAAGAAAUUAGACUGGAUGUAUAAAGGACCAAAUCAAAUGGUCAACAGAGAAGAAUACUUGUUAGGAAGACCAGUUGACAAGGCUUUUGAGCAAAUGCAACGGGCAGAAAAAGAUACAGAGAUGAAUAGGAUGCCAAAAAAUCAUGUUGAAUAUGAAUGCAUUCCACCUUCGUUGCGAUUUUUUUCUGGCAACGAACAAGUGGAUCUGGCUAGAAAAAUACAAGAGGAUCCUCUAUACACCAUAAAGCAGAAAGAAAUGGAGACUAGAAAUCAGCUUUUGAAAAAUCCUGUUAAAUUAAAACAACUUAAGGAAUUACUGGAGCAACAAUCGAGCAAGAAUAAAAGUCGAAAGAAGAAAAAGAAAUUAAAGCAUAAAGAUAGUAGUGAGGAUGAGGCUAAAUUGGAUAUUUUGUUAGCCACUAAAUUUAAACAAUUGAAAGACAACAUCAGUGAAAAGGACUUGCUGAAAUCAAUGAAAAAAAUAAAGCGUAAACAAACAAAGAAGUCAAGAAAGCAUUAUGAUUCUGAUAGCAAAACGGACAGCAGCAGUGACGAUACUUUUGUUAAAAAAGAGCGACGCAAACGACGAAAAAAGCGAAAGAGAAGUACAAGUGAUAGUGACGACAGUACUAAUAGUAGCAAAAGCAUCACUAAACAUGAGAAGGAAGAUAAUAAAAAGGAACAUGAUAGGAAAUAUUCGAGAAACGACACAAAAAUAGAUGAUAGUAAAAAACAAGACAGAAAAAGAAAAUUGAGUGAAGAUAGAAACCCGAAGUAUGAGAGAAGUAAAAAGCGAAGAGAAGAAUAUGAUACGAGCAGUAAACGGCAACGAUAUGACAGUAAUAGACCAGAUUGUUCAAGAAAUAAAUACAAUGAUAGAAAAAGAUACUCAGUGGAGAAACAAAACGAUAAAUUGGAUAGAAACGAAGAAAAAUAUAGGUCAAAAUCAAGAUCAAGUCUUACCGAGGAAGAAAAGGAACAACGGCGAAAAGAGAUGAUGGCAAACGCAGCGUGGCGUGAUAAAGAAAGAGAGAAGAAUGUAAAAACAUACCGCGAGCAAGAGAAGAAAGAAGAUCAAAAUAAUGCAUUGUACAAUAAGGAUUUCAUCAGAAAACAAUUGAUCGUCGCAACAGAAGUGGGUACCAUUGCAUCUAGAAUUAAAGCUAAUAUUAACAACAUACAACGUUCCAGACGAGCUAUGGAUACAAAUUUUGCUAAAAGAUGAUUUUUAUGUCCGAUUACAAAUUUUGUACAAUUAUAGUACUGCAAUUUUUAUGUGAAAGUUAUACAUAAAUGUAAAAAUAUCUUGAAAUAUAUUAUUAUUUGUGGGAGUAGAA